AUGACAGAAGCAGAUAAAAAGAGAGUAGUUCAACUGUGGCUCAACAAUUUCCAUGAUUUGGCUUACGACAUAGAUGAUGUACUCGAUGAUUUGGUUACUGAAGCUAUUCAAUUCAAGUUGGAUCGGGAAUAUGAUUCCAACACUAACCCCAACUCCAGCAGUAGUAAGGUAUUCAAGUUCUUCCCAACUUGUUUUACUAAUUUUAGUCCUAGUUAUGGGAGUCGGUUGAGUUCUAAGCUAGAUGAGAUUACCACAAAAUUGAAUGAUCUUGUUGAGGUGAAAAAAUGUCUGGGUUUUGUUGUAAAUGUGAAUGUCGACAGCUCAAAUAGAAUUGAGAUACGAUUGGAGCAAACUUCACUGGUUGAUGAGUCCAAAAUUAUAGGUCGGGAUGGGGAUAAAGAAGCAUUGUUGGGGAAGUUGUUAGGGAAUGAUGAAAAAAUGAGGAUAGUGUCCAUAGUUGGUAUGGGUGGGAUUGGAAAAUUCACUCUUGCUAAAAUUUUGUACAAAGAAGAGAAAGUGAAGGAUCACUUUGAUCUCAGGGCAUGA